AUGACGGACUUUGUUCUCGAAAGGCCGAUUGAUGUUACCGCGAAGGACUACUUAGGCCAUUCUGCACUUACAUAUGCGGCAUGGGAUGACCAGGAGAACGUUGAGUUCAUGCGUUUGUUGAUCCCCCGUAUGAGCUUGCCUCAAUUGGAGGAAGUCUACCGUGAUGAAAAAUCAAUCCUUCACUACAUCUGCGAAAGAAACAAAGUAGGCAUCCAGGAUCUCAUCAAAGACUAUCUUCUUCAACAAAUAGCGGAAUGCGAGAAGAAAUGCUCGAGGGGUCGCAUUCCGCUGAUGUACGCACCGGCUAUCAUAACGGAUGAUGCUAUCGCCUCAAGUCUUAUCCACUUUUCUGGGAAGACUAUGAAAAUUUGCGACAACGACGGACAAGAUCUCAUGUACUGGUCAUCACAUGGGGACGAGCAAGGUUUGCAGUGGCUUUUGGACGAGGGGAUGGUCAGCGACGCCAGCGCUGAGACCCAGAACGGGUCCAGCCCUUUGAUACUUGCUGCUUUCUUUGGACAUCCCAGAAUGUGCAAAAAGCUCAUUGAGCUCGGAAACCCCAUUUCAAAGGCAAAUCACGACGGCUGCACAGCUCUGCACCUCGCCUGCCAGGAUGGAUACCUGGAGAUUUGCAAGCUACUCAUCGCUACGGAUAACAGCUGUGUGUUUCAGAAUCUCGGAAAACAGACACCGUUGGAGAUUGCAGCAGGUAAUGGCAACAUUAAAAUCGUUGAGCUACUUCUGGAAAAUGAUGCUCAGGUCACGGUUGGAGCAGAGAUUAGUGCUCGGAAGGCCGGUUCCCAUGAUAUCGCGGAGCUUCUUCGAUGCAAACUGUCUACUGGCAACGAAACCUCUACCGGAAAUACGAUUGCCGAGCUCUAUAGCGUGCGACUGAAGGCCGCGUGCGAAGACUCGAGCGAGUCCACACUCAUGGAGGUUUUACAGAAGGACAUCAAUCCAAACAUCCGCCUAUCGUACAAGUACCGGACUCCAUUGCACUUUGCAUGCCGGGAAGGCUGGAAAGAAGCGGUCGAGCUGCUGGUGGAAAAGAACGCCAACAUUGAAGCCCUAGACGAAGAGGGGUGCAGUCCUCUCAUGGUUGCUGUCAAGCUUGGAAAUUUGGAAUGUGCAGAGCUGCUUUCUCAGAAAGGCGCCCAGAUCACGACCAGGGACAAAUGUGGUUAUACGACCCUCCAUUGGGCGGCAGGACAAAACCAUUUCGCCAUUCUGUCAUACCUUUUGGAGGAAGGCAUCAAAGCAAACGUCCAAACGUAUCACGGACUGUGGCAUGGCGAUUUUGCCCCUUCAAGGAUGCAGCAGAACUCUUGA